UUCGUCAGAAAACCUAUGGUGCAUUUGUUUUUUAUUGCACAGCAACAACAACCGAUUACCGUUGUUUGUAAUGCAGUUUAUUUCAAGAGGGAAGGGAAAGUGAGAUAUUUACUUCCAGUCGCCAUUGGAUACAUUAGUGGCCAAAAGCUUUUAAGCUCCCAAAAUUUGAUGGCAGAAUCGACGGCAGAAAUCAAGGAAAAACUCCCGAAACCACUCUUCAUCAAUGGGAGGUUUCAAAAUUCAUGGGGGAAUCCUGGGCGACCUGGAAAUUGGGAGGCACUGAAGUUUUUGACAGUUUACAAGAAUGAAACCAAUCUACCAAGCCAAAAGGAGCUUGAUGAAAUGCCUGACUUUGUGGUACAUACCCCAAACUAUGACAUGAUGACAUCAGCAGCCGACGAUAGUCUCCAGGUCACCUGGCUUGGUCACGCUUCCGUUCUGUUUCAAGUCGAUGGGAUGAACAUCUUAUCGGAUCCUGUAUUUGGAAAGUUCUGUGGUGCCACCCAGUCCCGACCUUUUGGUCAAAAACGUUUUCGUGACUGCAAAACAGAUGUUGAUAAUUUGCCAGAAAUACAUGCUGUGGUUAUAAGUCAUGAUCAUUAUGAUCACCUUGAUUACUACACCGUAAAGAAACUAAACAAGAGAUUUGGCGAUAAGUUAACAUGGCUUGUUCCCCUUGGAACCAAAAAGUGGAUGAUUGAUUCUGGUUGCUCUAAUGUUUUUGAGCUUAAUUGGGGAGAUGAACACGUUUUGACGACGAAGUCUACUGAAGAAAAUGGAACAUCUGAUAAUCCGGGGGUGAAGUUUGUUUUUGCUCCUGCACAGCAUUGGUGUACAAGAACAUUAUUAGACGAGAACACACGUCUUUGGGGUAGCUGGAUAAUUAUUGGUCCAAAGCAUAGAGUCUACUUUGCAGGGGAUACUGGAUAUUGUGACAUCUUUAAAACGAUUGGUAAUCUGUAUGGUCCAUUCGAUCUUGCAGCAAUACCAAUUGGAGCCUAUCGACCAAGGCAUGUGAUGAUAAAUCAGCACGUUGAUCCAGAAGAGGCAGUGAAAGUGCAUCAAGACGUAAAGGCGAAGAAGUCAGUGGCAAUCCACUGGGGAACAUUUGCUCUUGCUUAUGAGAACGCAAGAGAGCCUCCACAGCUACUCCGGCAGUGUUUAGAAGCUGCAAAUGUGAAACUAGAGGACUUCUUUUUAUUACAGCACGGCGAGAGUAGAAAAAUAGAGACUGAUCAAGAUAUUUAAUGUUGGAAGAAGUCAGUUUCAGGUAAAUUUAUCACGGAUUAUGGAAAUCUCCCCACUUCUCAACGGGACGACGGGAUGCUCCACACUUGUCGGACACGAAUUUUCUCUAAAAUGAUGCACUUAAUACAGUAUUUUUUAGAAUGUCUUACGGAUAUGCGGAAAUUUUUACCUGCUGUCUUGUAAACGAGGAUCUGGUCAAAUUUUGGUUUUUCUGGUUAGCAGCAUCUAUCAAAAUUUUCGAAUGCGAAAUUUUGGCUGAAAAUGACCGGAACGGUGGAUUUCAACAAAAAUUGCGCAGAACGGUAGAUUUCUGCCCCCCCCCCCUGUUGAUGACUCCCAUUGUAAUGAUGUCAGCUUGAACAAUGAUGAGAAUUGCCCUUGCUGGGACUAGGAACCCUAAUGCAUAGAUGAAAAACAGAUGGUACCCUAAAUGUUACCUUUUCUUGGUUACUGAGAUAUCAGAAUAUUGUCAUCUUUUCAUUAAGUUUCAUAACGUACUUUCUUGCAAUAGUUUUCACGUAGCCAGUAUGAUAAAGUGUUUGUUUUUGCAGACAAAUCUGCAAACUUUGUUGACUUUUGUAGACAAUGUAAAUUUCACUUUUGUAAAAUGCAACAAAUUUUUUUGCAAAAUGUAUCAAAUGCAAUAAGGUGGGAGUCAUGCAUAUUUAGUCAUGUAUAACAAUAUAUUUUGAAUUUAAAUGAUUAAAUUUCUCCAAUUUUAUCAAAAUGUUUACAUAUUUUACAAAAUAUUUAAUCAAAAUUUUUGCUUGAG